AUUUACCGCAACACCACAGCUCACAUGCCUUUAGUUGAAUUACCGCUAGAAACUUGUACGUUAACGAAAAAAAACGUGUGAUAGACAGCGGAAAGCUGCGUGAUGUUGUGUAUAGGAUUUGACUGACCUGUCCUCCAUGAUGGAAGCCGUGUUUCAAGCCCCUAAACGGCGGGCGAAGGUUUAUGAGUCCUUUGAAGCUCCACUCCCCAUCUCACUGAGCGUAGAGGAUGAAGAGCCCAUCAUCUACAGAGCAGAAAUCAUCAGUCAUCAUGUGAUAGUCACAAAUCCUGCUCACAUACAACUUAUAUAUGAGAGGGGUUACUUUGGUAAAGGAGUGUUCUCUAGAUCCAGACCUGAGCACAUGAUCUCUCAACAAUGGAAAUACAUUGGAGACAGAUGUCUACCUGUGAUCUCCUCAUCAGAAUACCAAAAACGCCUCAGCUGGGCACGUGCGGCUCUUUUGAUGCAAGGAUUGGAGGAAGAGUCUGUCAGUCGUGCAUUGGAGACACUCACAAAACCAGUGGAGUUUGAUAUUGAGAAAGAACAUGGACGAAAACCUAAGGCCAAAAGCUUUGAUGGGUCAUUGGUGGACCAAUCAAUGGAUGAUGUGUCAUGUGACACAGUUUCAAACCUUGAAAAUGACAGUCUGGACCAAACAAAUACCGCAAGGCCUCAGCGUCAAGGAAACCCACUUUAUGAUCCUCUGGCUGAAAUCUAUCCUCAGGAACCCGAGCUUUUAAAAGCCAAUGUGAAGUGCAAAAGACAUGAUGACUGGCUCACUCACUGUGGCUGCAGACCUGAUGAGGACCAGCUGAUGAGUUCAGAGUGCAGUGUGGCCAACGCUGACCCGUCAGAAGCUUACGAAUAUGUUCUGAUGGAGGAUUCUGAAGAUGACGACAGUGAAAACUUUUCCAAGGAUAACGUCUCAGCCGAGCAGCGGGGCAAGUUGGUGUGCAGAAUAAACCCUUUCACCAUGAUGGAGUACCUGCAACUCAGUUAUGAAGAAGCGUUUUUUCUGGUGUAUGCUCUUGGAUGCUUGUCAGUUUAUUACAGCGGGGAAGCUCUGUCAGUGGCUCAGGUUUGGACGAUGUUUCGUUCACUGCAGCCCAACUUCUCAAGCUCCUACGCAGCCUAUCACUAUUUCCGCAGUAAAGGCUGGGUGCCAAAGUCUGGAAUAAAAUACGGAACUGACUUAAUGCUCUACCGAAAAGGACCACCGUUUUAUCAUGCAAGCUACUCGGUGGUGGUGGACAGAUGCGAUGAGUCUUUUAAAGGUGCUGCGCUGCGGCCCUUCAGCUGGAAAUCGCUUGCUGCUCUCAGCAGAACCACUGGUAACGUCUCUAAGGAACUGAUGUUCUGCUACGUCAUCACUCCAUCAGACAUGACAGAAGACAUGCUGUCCUCUCCAGAGUGUCUGAAACAAUUUACUGUACAGGAAGUCAUCGUGAGCAGAUGGGUCUCCUCAAGAGAGCGAACUGAACAGGAGGAAAUCUAACAUUCCUUUUUCCAUGUUUAUUUUGCUUCAAAAUAUUAAGCUGCUAUUUAUUUUUCUUUAGUAAUAUUCAGAGGUUGUGUUUAAACAAUGUUCAGACACAAGUCCAAGAGUGCUGUAAAGUGUUUCCUGGAAACAGGUUUUUAAAGAAGCUUUACAAAAGUGGCAUUUCAGUUCAUAACAGUACAGAUUAAAAGGCACAUUUAGGCAUUCAUUCAAAUAUCACCUUGAUACAAGAUACAUAGUUGAUGAAAUAACAGUAAAUCAGUGUUAUCGUGCUGUGAUGAUACAGAAAAGUCACAAUAGGUGGGUCUUAAUUAUGCUCAUGUGUUCUUGCUGUCCUCGUCCUCCUCAAGUGAGUUUCUACGCGGACUGUCGACGAUGUAGAAGUGGUUUUGGGAAAUCUCACGACACAACAACAUGUACUUGGAAGCUCUUUUGAUCCGAGGAAGCACAAACAAGCGUGUGAAUUCAUCUUUACUCAGGGCUCGCUUUGACUGCGUGGCUAGAACACAGUUGAUGAACAUCAGCGAGUAGCUGUAGCAGUUGUGGCUUUCCUCAUUAAAGCUGAAAAAGAACAUUUGGACACUUAAAACAUCUGAAUGCCAUUUUUCUUUAUUCUUGCUCAGUGUCUUCAUUUUAGUGGAUGUACUGACUCACCUUUGCCAUGAUGGGUCCCACAUCUGAGCGGAGGAGAACUUCUCCAGA